CGGCAAGUGAAAAGCAAAAGUUUUUCCAUUUCCUUCAAUUGCCUCUUUGUAACAAAAUCCACCAAAGGAAACGAACGAUGAGCGCCGCUGCCGAAACCCGCAAUUGGCUGGAACUGCCGCAGGACGUGACGGCGUCGAUUCUCUCUCGGCUAGGUGCAAUUGAGAUCCUCAACAGUGCCCAAAACGUGUGCUCUCUGUGGCGAAAAAUCUCCAAAGACCCAUCAAUGUGGAAAUCCAUUGACAUGAGGAACUUGGGUGAUUUAUUUGACAUGGAAUAUGACCUCGAGAAGAUGUGCGUCCACGCCGUCAAUCGCAGUUGCGGCCACUUGCUUGAUAUCAAUAUCGAAUAUUUUGGUACCGAUGAACUUCUGUUUUAUAUCUCCGAGCGGUCUACUCAUCUCAAGCGUCUUAGACUGUUUUCGUGCUAUUCCAUUUCAGACGAAGGGUUAAGCGAAGCAGCUUCAAAACUUCCGUUUCUGGAAGAGCUUGAAAUUUUCAUAUGUCCUGUUUCGAAAGACGCCCUGGAAACUAUAGGUCGCAAUUGCCCUCUCUUGAAAUCGUUCAAAUACAAUCUUCAGCAACACAAAAGCUUCCACUAUGCAUCUGAUGAUGAGGCACUAGCUAUUGCACAAACAAUGCCUGAAUUACGCCGUCUCCAAGUUUUGGGGAAUGACUUGACAAAUGAAGGUUUGCAGGCCAUUCUCGACGGUUGUCCUCACCUUGAAUAUCUCGAUUUGCGUCAAUGCUUCAAUGUUCAUCUAGGGGGGAACUUGGAGAAAACAUGUGUCAAACGCGUAAAGAACUUACUUCGUCCUUAUGAUUCGACUCAUGAUUAUGAGUUCUAUGCGGGAGUUCACGAUACUGAGUCAUCGGAUGAAGAUUAUCAUCUGUAUGGAAUUUCAGAUGACGACAUGUUGGCCAAUGGUUAUGAUGAUUAUCUUGCGUUUCCAGGUGCCAGUGACUUCUCUGAUUAUGAUGAUUAUAUGUCUGGAAAUCUAGAUAUCGCCUUAUUGACCGCAGGUCUCAGCGACUUUUCUGAUGCUGAUGAGUAAGUUCUUGACUGAUGCUAGGAAAUCAGGUUAUGAAAGCAGGCUGCUUUAAUCCCUAGUAAAUUUUGGACAUUUUCUCUGUUUUUUUGUUUAACUAUUACAUUUGCAAGCCUACCAAUGUUGGAGCAUUCUCUGCUUGAAACUUGAACUCGCCUCUAAAAUGAUUUGGUC